CCGACAUCUUUCAGGAAAAAAAGCAAUCGAGCGCUGUUCAAUCGAGCAGCCUUUAAGUAAACGAGGGAUAGAAAGAUGGCAUCCACCAAGCAACCUGAUCCACCAACACAGCCUGGCCUUCCACCUGGAGAAGAUGUGGCAGCUCCUCCCAGAGAAGCACUGAUUACCACUGCUAUAAAAUUUCUACAGAACCCAAAAGUGCGUCAGAGUCCCUUGGCCACCAGAAAAGCCUUCUUGAAGAAAAAAGGGCUGACGGAUGAGGAGGUAGAGCUGGCCAUCCAGCGCUCUGGCAGCACAGAAGAGGUCCUGCCUAUGAGCCCUGUGGGGCCUCCGCAUCCAUUCCAUGCAACUCAGCUGGCUCCUGCACCACACAAUCCUGCAGGCUACAGAUGGAGAGACUAUGGUGCCCUCACCAUCAUUAUGGUGGGCAUCGCAUUUGGCUUUCAUCAGCUUUACAAAAAAUACAUCCUUCCCCUCAUUAUGGGCAGCCGAGAGGACAAGAAGCAUCUGCAGAGGAUGGAGAGCAACAUUGCGGCAAUGAGUGGCACGCUGACACAGACAGUCAGCCAGCUGCAGCAGACCCUGGUCUCCGUCCAGGAGCUCCUGAUCCAGCAGCAGCAGAGAAUCCAGGAGCUCUCGCAGGAACUGGCUGCAGCAGAGGCAUCAUCUUCAACCAACCGCGUCCUGGACAACCAAACAGUUGGAGAUCUGAAGGCUGAGAUCAUCUCUUUGAAGGGCUUACUGCUCAGCAGGAAACAAUUCCCUUCCACUCCCGCUAUUCCUAAGAUCCCCUCGUGGCAGAUUCCUCUGAAGCCGCCAUCAGGGGGCAGCUCGCCGUCAGUCAACCACACAAAUAGCAGCAGCGACAUCUCCCCAGUUAGUAACGAGUCCGCCAAUUCUUCCCCCAUCAAAGAUGGACACCACAGCCACCAGGAUGCACUGGGCGGGCCUGACGGAGCUCACGACAUCAACGGAGAUGCACUCGGUUUGGGCCUCGGAGCAGCGCUGCCCGUGGACCUGAAGGACCAGGUCCGCAUGGAGGUGCAGGGGGAGGAGGAGAAGAAGGAGGAAGAGGAGGAGGAGGUCAGCCACGUAGAGGAGGACGGUCUAAGCAUACAGACAGAGGAUCGGCGAGGUGGGGAUGGACAGAUUAAUGAACAGGUGGACAAACUGAGGCGGCCCGAGGGUGCCAGCAAUGAGAGUGAGGUGGAUUAACAGUACAAAGCACAAAAAAAAAACACUCUCCAAACACAGCUUCUCGUCUCUGCUGAUGGCUUUGCUUCAUUCUACUCCUCUCUGCUCGCACUGAUUCUGUUUGUCGUUUUUACUUUUUAAAUCCAUCUUCACUGUCUGUCUCCGCUUGUUUCUGUAACAUCUUAAUCUUGAGCAAAAUGAGGAGAAGGCGUGGGUUUGAGAAGUUCCUAGUUGACACACACCUUACCUCGAUAUACUUUUCAUCACGCAAACUAAAUGACUGCAUGCCGAGCCAAGUACCAUGAUGUGACGUUUUUCUUGUGUGGAGAAAUGUGGAGCAAUAGUCAAAUCAGAAUGACUUUAAAAGGCUAACCAUACUAACUAUAUGUGACUUUCUGCUUUUCAUUUUCAUGAUUUGAUCAGAUAAUUCACAGCUUUGCCUUAGUGUCCUUGUACUAGGGCUGUUAGACAGACAAAAAACGUAAUGCUGCACGGAAUAUCUCCCCUGUAUAGUGCAACUGUAGGUCAGGAGUCAUAUGUUGGUACUUCAGUCUCAAAGUUACCGUGAGCUUCCAUAGAAGCAUUAGCAGAGUUAGUCUCCAUGUUGAUGGCAAUAGGAGAGGACAAGCUCUUCCAGGGCCGGAGCUUUUAUCCUCUUUUAUGUGUCCUUUCGCAUUGGUGUCAGUCUGUCAAUAAUUCACAAGGCCAGCAGGGUGGCAUUUGGGUGAAAUAAAAGCCCUGAAAUUCGAGAUUAGAAUGUGAUGACGGGCUUUGUUCCAUGCCGGUGUCAGAGUGCUCAUACGCUCAAAGGAGGGGAAGAUAAAUGUUUUUCCCCCCCGCUUUCCUUUUUCACUGAGGGCUGAAUUGUGCAUCUUUGCGAGUGUGUGUGUGCGCAUGGCAGGCAAGAAAACCCAGACUGUCUGCUGAGCUGUAUCUGCGUCUCCAGCAGGGCAGCUGAUUUGGUUUGUGAAGUAUGUUAAUAAUCAAAUGAUCAACAAAUAACAGAUGUAUUAGUUCAUGCAGCUUGAAAUGUCAAGGAGGCUAAAAGCGGAAAUCUAAUACAGAAAGCCCAGUUGCAUUGUAUUAUUUUCUGUGACAAACCCUCCGGUCCAAAUUAUGUAGGGCCUCCUACAGUGAGUAAUCUUUACAGAAAACGGCGCCAAUAUUUUGUAAUUAAGCUGCAGAAAGACAACGAGAGCUGUCACAGAUGGAAGUUGCAGAACUUGUAUCACUUUUUUUUCUCUCUCAGUGUGGAGGUGGAUGGGGGAAGUUUUAAAAAAAAUUGUCCCAUGAUUGAAAAGGAAAGUAAUAAAUGAAUACUUGACUUAUUGAAUUACUCACUCUGUCUCCAGCUAACAAGAAGAGUCCAUGAGUGAGAAGAAGGGAUAUCAGCUCCUGUGCCACUUCCACCUCCAUCACAUGGCCUUCGUAGGAGCACAGAAAAAGGUAGAGGGGCACUGCACGUUUCUGUGCGACACCGGUCCUAACCUACAGAUUAUGUUUAGUUAUGAUGAUUUUGUUUAUGUUAAAGAUGUCUUAUGAUGAGACAAUGUUCCAGUAUACUGUAAACUAUAUAUUUUUGAUUUAUUUGAAAUGAACUUGUAUGGAUGAAAUAGGUUGGUUAAAGAAGUACAGAAUCAAGAGGUGUAACUUAUGCUUCUUUGCCACUCUAGUUUCAGUGAUUAGUUCUCUCUGUAACGUGCUGAUUACUGUAUGAAUUCCAGCCAGUAGUGUACAUCAGUGUAAUAAAUUUGGUUUAUCUCCAGUAGAAUCUCUUGUUAUAUUCAUUUUAAACCAACUGGACACAGAGUACACACUACUGUAGGCCACUACUAAAGGACAAACCUAUUUUAGCUGGGAUUGUCACAUUUAUUUUUUAAUAUUUCAAAUUGUUUUUCAUGUUUGUCCUUACUUCUGUAAGUAUAACACUUGAAACAUACACCGCUAAAUACUUGAGAACAGGGAGCCAAUUCCAAAUCAUAACUGGGUCAAAUGUACAUAAUUGGUAUUUCUAUCCGUUGACCCAAUUAACAUAAAAGAAAAGAAAAACUCAAAUCACACACAAGUCGCUCUAUCAGUGGGUUGUGUAGUUUCUUUAUGUUUAAUAUAUGCUGACUUUUAAGAUGAAUGUGGUUAUGUAUGUUCAUGUGCAGGAACAUUCAGUAUAACAAUUUGUAUCAGUUUGUGAAUAAUAAAAUCAGACCAACUGUG